AUGUCUUUGUCGACCGACUCAUCCACAGGACAUUUCUGGACCUCAUCCAAAUCCCUCUCCGGCGCGGCGGAAGAAAUCUUGACCACAGACGUCUUGACCUUCACUUUCGCUAAUCUCAGUCGAUAUGACAACGACAAGCCGAUCUUCAUCGACGCAAAGAACCCAUCCCACUUCGUGUCAGCCUCUCAAGCCUCCGAAAUCGUCGCUCGACUUGUCAAAGGUUUCGAGAGAAUUGGUAUCAAAGAGGGGGACUGUGUGUGCCUGCAUGCCUAUAACAACAUCUGGUAUCCCCUGAUUUGGCUUGCAAUAAUCGGAUCCAAGGCGAUUGCCUCCCCCAUCAACCCUGCAUACACUUCUACCGAGCUCGACCGACAUCUUAACCUCACAAACCCCAAGUUCAUCUUCACUCAACCAACGUGCAUUGAGCCAAUUAUUCAGGCUGCCUCCAAAUGUAGCAUUCCGACCUCUCGCAUCUUCUUCAUUGGUGGUCUGCAUGAUGCCCCUCUUUGUGGAUGUCGUAAUUGGCAGACACUGUUGGUUGAAGGUGGGAAGGAUACCCUGGGGCCGUCUUUCGAACAUGGCAGAUCCCUCCAGGACCGGGUGGCGGUGUACGCCAUGACCAGUGGCACGACUGGACUACCAAAAGCGGCCAUGAUUCCACAUCGAUAUAUUGUCGCACAAGCGGCAGCGCUGGAAGAUCAGUUCAAAGCCAGAAGUUACCAGCCAUCGCAACUCAUCUGUCUGCCUGUCUUUCAUGCAUUUGCAUCACCUCUGGCUCUUGUCCUACCACUACGUCUCGGGGUGCCGACCUAUUUUCUCCCCAAGUUUAACCUGCCGGACUUCCUGCAGGCUGUGCACAAGUUCAACAUCACGGACUCCCCAGUGGUCCCUCCAAUUGUCGGUACACUAGCCCAUUUGUCAGGGGGGGAAGGCCAGCAGCUUCGGAGCUUGCGAUACGUCAUUUGCGCCGGAGCGACACUCAACUCGAGGGCACAGACAAGACUGAGCGAGCGAUUGCAUCCCGAGGCGAACGUUGCUCAAUGCUGGGGAACCACCGAGGCUGGCUGGCACACUCUGUUCGAUUGGAACGAGAAGGAUACUUCUGGAAGCGUCGGACGGCUGCUACCCAAUGUCGACAUAAAGUUGCUUGACGACAAGCAGAACAAUAUCAAGAGCGAGGACGAAGUCGGCGAAGCCUUGAUUCGGUCGGCCGGUAUGUUCCAUCGUUACGUUGGGGACCAUCAGGCAAGCAGUGAAGCAUUCGAUCGUGACGGAUUUUAUCGAACUGGUGAUUUUGCUUUCGUCCGAGACGGCAAAGUGUUCUAUACGGGAAGGCGAAAGGAGAUCAUGAAAGUUAACGGUUGGCAAGUGUCGCCCAUCGAAGUCGAGACAGUUCUUCUCGAAGAUCCUCGGAUCGCCGAUGCUGCUGUGUACGGUGUCAGCUGCGAUAAUGGCCAAGGUAUUUGGCAGACGACGCUUUGUGCAUAUGUCGUGCGGAAUUUUCUGGAAUCUGUCAACGCUAAUGAUCGGUUGUCGGACGAACCCAACGAAGAAGCUGUACACAAGUUGAGCGAAGAAGAUGUCAAGAAAUUUGUGGCAUCCAAACUGAUUUCAUACAAACAUCUGAAACGAGUCUCGUUUAAAGAAUCAGUCUCGAGCAACAGGGUUACUCUCGCAUCAUUUGUCGACAGGUGCAAAUCGACUAGGAGUCAAGAGAUGGCAGGCACUCAACCAGACAUCGCCGUACAAAUAAUUGUCCCAAAUGACACCAACCCGUCCGCGGCACCACUUCUGUCCGCCGAACGACGAAUCACUCCGUCAUGGACGAUCUCACAGCUCAAGUCUAAAUUGGAGCCGGUGACUGGAAUCCCGGCGUCUGCUCAGUCUCUACGAACACGCAGUCUCAAUGGCACUUUUGUCCAUCUUUCCGACGAGUCGAGCCUUGUUGGGGACGCACAUUACGGACUUCACCGGGGCAGUGAGAUCGAAAUCAUCGACACGCGGCCCGCAGGCGCUCGACAGACAUUCAACUUCGCCGACCUGAGCUCCGUGGAGAAGUACCAGAUGCCGGAGAGCCAGUAUGAGAAACUCGACGAUUCCGUGUUGGCGUGGAAGAAGCGCGCCAAACUCGGUCGGUUUGAUCCGAGUAGUCAGAAGAGCAAGCCGGUCUCGGAGAUGGCAGAGGAGAGAAGACGGGCGGAUAAAGAGGUGAUUGAACGGCGCGGGAUCGAGGUCGGAAUGAGGUGUAGGGUCGGACGGGACGACAUGAGGAGGGGUGUUGUCCGGUUCGUGGGCGAGAUUGAUGGCUUGGGUGGUGCGAGGGAGAGCGGGUGUGUCUGGGUCGGGGUCGAGUUGGAUGAGCCGGUGGGACGAAAUGAUGGGAGUGUGCUCGUCGAGAUUGCUGCAGAUGAUGCUGAUGAUGACGAUGACGAGAAAGAGGAAGGGAAAGGAGAACGCGUCGGCAAGAAGGAGAAGAUGGUGAGGGUGUUUGAGUGUCGGGAUAAGUUUGGCGUCUUUGUGCGCCCGGAGAAGGUCGAGGUCGGCGAGCAGUGGACCAUGCUCGGGCUGGAUGAUCUGGGCGACGAGGAUAUGGAGGAAGUUUGA